AUGGGACCGAGCAGAGACGCUUGUGACCGGUGUCAUACCAUGAAAACCCGGUGUCAACGAACUCCGCAAACUCGGGAAUGUGUCCGAUGCAACCGACUCGGUAUCUCGUGUACUUACUCUCCUCCGGGCCGGACCGGUCGCCCACUGGGUGCUCGCAAGGGGGGUUCCGAGAAGGGCAAGAAAGAAGCGGCCGAAAGGAGCAGAAAAGGGGGACGCAGUUCACCAAUGGUAAAAACGCAUAUGUCUGCGUCAUUGGGAAUUCCAACGCCCGGACUCGAUCACAGUCUGCAGAUGAUGCCCGACGGGAACUCGGGGGUAAACCCGAGUCUUCUCGGCGACUUCGACCUGUUUUCCGCUUCUGCUUACCAAGCGGAGCUUGACUACCUCUCCUUCCCUUUCAUGGACUCCUUCCUCGCUGAAAGCGCCGGUGACCUCACAUUUGCACUUUCGAGCGCCAUGGAUUCGCAACCAUCCUACUCCUCUGGAUCUUCCAGCCCUCCUGGCUCAUCGUCUCCGCGCACCCCCGCGACACCACAUCAACAAUCCUUCCAGCCCUUUUCCGGUCAUGAUCAGCGCGCAUGGAGUGUAAACAACACCGACUCUUCUUCAGACCCGGGCUCACCAUCUUCUCUUUUCACUGAGAACAUAUUCUCCCCAUCCUUCAUUCCCAAGCCGCCUCGAAACCAAUAUUUCCCCUCGGACGAGCGCAGCGACAACGGCGAAGGCGAUGGAGAGAUUCUUGUCCGUCUUCUUGACCUGCAAGCCCGCAUAUCCAAGCUCGUCAAGCAUCUUAACGGAGGUCGUGGAUCCGCAAUUGACUGCGAAGAGGUUUUAAACGCAGGCAAAUCGCUGAUCAGCUUGCUCGACAGCGUUGGCGCUCCCUCCAGAUUCUUCUCCAGUUCAUCUUCCUCGCCAUUUUCAGACAGCAGGAUGUCCGAGCCAGCUAGUCCCAUGUUCUCUAGCAGCUCGAGGUCGACCUCCUCAUCCACAUCUUCUGCGCUACUAUCUUUGGAAAACACAAUCCCCAGCAACGUCCUGAUCCUUUCUCUCUCUAGCUGUUACGCAACUCUGCUCCAUGCCUACGACUUACUGGCUAAUCGCCUGCAUCAUCAUCAACAGCAACACAGUCACAGCCAUUGUCAGAAAUAUGUUUCAGGCAUACAAACGCCGCUGCUCAGUCCUGCUUCGUCUAUCUCUUCUUUCUCACCCAUAGAACAACAGCAGGGUUAUUUUUUCAGCAAUGGGCUGAGACACCAAGCACAACAGCCACUGGACGGUAAUAAUGCCCACCUUCAUGCUAUGGCGCAGAUGGUGCAAAAGCUCAAGCAUACGUUGCAACGUUGCAUGGGAAGGCUGGGUCAGGGAAGUAGUGGAAGCAACGGAGCGCUCGGUGCAAAGAAGAAGAAGAAGCAGAAUCCGAAUGUGCAUUUGGAUGUGGAGAGCUGCUGUAACGCAGGUGAUGAUGACUUGCUGAUGAGCCUUUCCAAACCGGCGUUACUGGAGAUGGGAUGGGGAGAGGAGGAGUUGUGGCAGGGCAUGAACUGGUGA